AGAGGGAGCGGGUGGUAUCGUCCUCCCAGAGAGAAUUAGUGCCCUCCGACUUUUAAAGGAGGCGUCCCGGGAGAAGGCCGCCCCGUUCGCCAGCCGCAGCAGGGGCUGCUGAUCAGCGUCGCCAUCGUCGCAUCCUUGACGUCACGCGACGCCGUGCGUGGUGGGCGUGGCCCGCCCGCUCUGUGCCGUCCGUCCAAAAUGGCGGAGCUGGACCUGCUGGGCUCGAUCCUGAGCUCCAUGGAGCCUCCGCCGCCGCUGGCAGGAAGAGAGGCCCGGAGGGCGAAGGAGCAAACGGCUCAGCUGAAGAAGCUCCAGGAGCAAGAGAAGCGCCAGAAGGCGGAGUUCCGGAAGAGGAUGGAGAAGGAGGUCUCCGACUUCAUCCAGGACAGCGGCCAAACCAAGAAGAAGUUCCGGCCCAUGAACAAGAUCGAGCGCAGCAUCCUGCACGACGUGGUGGAAGUGGCCGGCCUCACCUCCUUCUCCUUUGGCGAGGAAGAGGAGUCGCGAUACGUCAUGAUUUUUAAGAAGGAGUUUGCCCCGUCGGAUGAGGAGCUGGAGGCCUAUCGCCGGGGAGAAGAGUGGGACCCACAGCAGGCCGAAGAGAAGCGGAGGCUGAAGGAGCUGGCUCAGAGGGAGGCAGAAGAGGACGCUCGGAAGGGGCCCACAGUGGUCAACCCCAACACGGACUACAAGGACAAGUACAGCCACCUCAUUGGCAAAGUGGCCGCCAAGGAUGCUGCCCACGCUAUGGAGGCCAACAAGGCCUAUGGCUGUGUUCCUGUUGCCAACAAGCGGGACACGCGCUCCAUCGAAGAGGCCAUGAAUGAGAUCCGUGCAAAGAAGCGGCUGCGCCAGAGCGAGGAUGAGGGCGCCAAUCUGCCCCCCAGCAGCAGCACCCGCAGCAACUCGUAGGACUCUGGUUUGCCAUGGGGGGGGGCCUCAUGCCGCCUGGGUGCUUGCGACUAAUUCAGGGAAAUUUCCUCUCCAGGACAGAGGCUGUUAUUUGUGAGUUGUGUUUUGAGGUGCUCCAGAGUGGAUUGGGGGGGGCUAAGGGAGAGGCUGCUGAGGCCCCUUUCCUCCCCCCUUUCCUCCCCUCCCUUUCGGUUAUUUAACGCCCAGCCUAGGAUUGCAUUUUAAUAUUGCCAUAGGAGGGGGCUUUUAAAAAAAGUUACUGCGCCUGAGCCAGGGUGGGACCUCGCAUUGCGGGGCUCUGUGGGUAUCUGUGGACAGGCUUUGAGAGGAUGGACUGGGAAAUAAAGAGUAACUGUGCCCCUCCCCAAAGGCUUCCCUGGCAUAUUGUUCAGCCCCUCCUGCCAACAGAAGCUGCCACUUCAGACCCACAGAGGUGGUCCAGUGGUGGGGUUUGUGUUACAGGCCCUGCAACCUCUUCCUCCCCUCCCACCGAAAAGUCUUAGUGCAUUGCCCCCCCCCCCCCAGAGUUAUAAGAUAGACCUGGCUGUGGUCUCACAUGGGUCCACUGGGGGGAGCUGUGCCCAUUGGCGCCCUCCUGCGCAUGUCUUUCUGCCGCCAGAGGGAGAAAUCAGCGGGAGACUCAGUGGCUGGACUGCCUCCUUGGCUCUUGGGGUCACUGUUGCCCAGCUCCUCUGUCUGUCAAUGGCAUUGGCAAAUGGUGGCAGUAUUACUGCACUGUCCAGAAUCCCCAGGCAGCAUGACCAGCAACCAUGCUGGCUGGCUGAUUCUGGGAGUCCCAAAAAGGCCCCUGCCACAGAGAAGGGGCCCUCUUACCCCUUGCAAGGAAAACUUGUUGUGGCAAAGGGAUGGUCUUGGCUGCAUUGGGAUGGCGAGGGGGAUCCCUUUGUCCCCAAUGGGACGGACCCUAGCUUUGGGAGGCUGCAGGGAGAGCGUGGCCAAGUCUCCUUCUGCUCUUGGCCAAUGUUCCUGGCAAGGUUUCCUUGUGAAGUGUGUAAAUAGAUGGGGAGUUUCGUCCUGCCCUCUUGCUGGGUCUCAGCUGUGGGGAGGGCUGCUGCCCCCAUUGUACUCCCCUUGUACUUCAUCUUUCUGUGAUGUCAGAUUGUAAAUUCUUCUGGGGGGAACUGGGGAGAAGAGGGCAAAGUGUGUGUUUGUGUCACCCAUUAAACGCCUGUUUUGAGUGCA